CCGGAGCGGUGCCUGAACGCAUCACAAGUGGGCUUGGCACUAUUGUGUUUCGCUGCCUCUCGCUCCUUCCCUCCUCCGUCUGAACUCCACUCCGUCAGUCUCUCUCCGGUCCACCGGGAGGCUCGGUUGUAUGAAACAGCAGCGGCGUGUGAGUGUCUGAGAGCGAAAACGAGUCGGUGUGUUUGUUUGUUACAUUAGACUAAACUGGACUCAGAGAUGGACGGUGAACUCUGACAGGAUCUAAACUCACCUGAAGAAAACUCCUAUCCUUCCUCUCCUCCUUAUCCAAGGGGAAAAUCUGGAAACAAAGGCGAGGAAAUUCCUUCAAGCGAUGUAAGGAAACUCUGUCGUUGUUAUAAAGACUCAGUUUCACACUGAGGUGAAACUUACUGCAGCUUUGCUUUAAGGUAGCCCUUUAAUGCCUGAAACUACAAAUUAUGGGCAGAAAAUUGGAACUGAAAUGUUUAUUUCACUUACAACUGAAAACCAAAAAAUUUGUAUUCAGGUGUAUUUUUACUAAUUUGUUGAUCAUAUUGAAUUGAUAGAAGUAUAUAAAAGUAUGUAUCAAGUAUGAUACAAAAGGCACUAAAGGGUUGGUAACUGUGUGUGAUGUGUUUGUGGUUGAUGUUGUGACUCUUAAAACCGUGUUUCACACUGAUAUGGGGAAUUAGUCACUCACCUGUGUUGAAGUGUCAGCUUGAAUGUUUUCUACUCCUGGCAGACAGACAGAGAGAUAGCCUAUUUAUCGAGCAGAUCAUGGUCUGUUUGGAAAUAUUUAUUGUCCUUUCAUUGAGAUAGGCUUUAAUGACAACUUAUCAUGAAUGAACCCCUAUGCUCUUGUGGAGGGGACAAGCCUCUGCGCGCCUCCGUUGCAGACAGAGCAGCUCCAGGCGGACAUGCAGUGAGUCAGACCUGGAUGAAUAGUUGGCAGUUCCGAGGGGCAGAGCUUCCCUGUCAUGUGGAAAAACUGUUUCACACGGUUGUUUUCUUGAAGUCAAAGUCGUCUCCGAGGACAAGUUAGUAAAUGCAGGGGCAAAGAUUGUAUCCUCUCACUCCUGUAGCUUCAGUCAUUACUUUAAGAAGACAAGCACAUCCAUCACAGCUGUGAGCAGGUCAGCUCUGAGAUCAUGAGUGACUGUAGGCGGACAUCUCACCUGACAGAAGUGAGGUCUGUUUUUGUAGUGUUGAUGAAGUUGUGGGAUUAAAUUUACAACUUAAAUUCAUGCAUUUACUGUAGGUAGCCUACUCUACAUUUUUUGUCGAAAUGCACUGAUUGUGAAAACUAAGUCUGACACCGACGUGUAACAGUAUGUCUGAAUGUGAUACCAGUGUUUGUUCAUUGUUGAUACUUGAUACUAUUGUUGAUAAUAGUAAAUAUCACCCUGCGCCAAAUGGGCUGCACUUAAAAAGCACUUCACUUCAUUCACUCUAUACGCUCACUCACUGCUACUAUCUCCUGCUGCAGAGCAGAAGCAGAGCAACUUUUCAGCGCUUUCUCACCUCCUCAUUCGCAGACAGUGUCACCUUAAUUAUCAAGCAACUACCUCAAGUCACCUCUUCUAAUCUGGAGGUGCCAAAAACCACUGAUCCUUGAAUGUCUACCAAAGUGGCACCAGAAACCACUUUCAUAAAAAGCCCAUUAUUGGAGUGUUUAACUCAUUACACUGUCUGUAUGAUUAUUGGGGUUUUGAUCUAAUCAGCAUUAUAUCAUCAUUGGCCCUCACAAGUCCAAAUCACCAUCUUCUUUUCCAAAUGAUAACACACUUCUCACAUCCCCAAUAAAAGCAUAUCAAACUAGAAAAGCACUCUUGAGCGCAGACCUCCACCAAGCAGCUCAUGUCCCCCCUUAUAUUGUGAUUCACACCAGAACUUUCACUGUUACGUGUCUUUUAUUAACAUUUAUUUGUGUUUAAACUGGUAUGUUCACUGUUCAUAAUGUUCCUAAAACAUGAAAUGCCCUGACUGGGAUUCAAACCCAGGACCUUCUGACUGUGAGGCAACAGUGCUAACCACUACACCACUGUGCCGCCCAUUGGUUAUCUUUCAGCAUUGAAAAUUCCAAUGACACCCUUAUUUUUGUGUGUUCUGGAUCACAGUAUCCAGAAUUUUGUCCGGAUCGCCACCAAAAUCAGGUCAAUCCGUCUGUUACUUUCUCCGUAAAGUUUCUAACAGACAAACAAACUCACAAACAAACAAACCAACGCUACCGAAAACAUAACCUCCUUGGCGGAGGUAAAAAGCCACUAGUAGUGGUCGACCAGUAUCAGUUUUUCAACAAGUGCUCACUUAAGAUGAAGAAGAAACAACAAUGUGAUAUCGGCUUUGUACAUCUGCUGUCAGCUGAGCUGCUCUCUCAUUAACUGUAUCAGCAUUGGUUCCUGAAUUGCAUUACAAAUAUCGCUGUAUUUAUCAGUGAAGUUUGCAGAUGUGAGAUUUGUUGAUAAUGCUUUUCAGGUUCGGUGGAUGUGAUGUUAUAUUCAGUAGGAUGAUCUGUUUAUACUGUGACAGGUAUCUCAUUAAUGUAUCUGAAUGGAUUAAAUAUUUGUAGGCUGGGAUGCAGAUCGCUGAAUCGGAUUAGUUCCUGGCAGUGUUGAAUUUUUGAGAAAUGUAUUUUUGGCUUUAGCAUGAAAUGUAACUUAAUUAGUGAGGCAUUAAAUUCACGGGGGAAAAUAUCCUGUUAUUACAUACAUGUUCAUGUUUUAAAUAGAUUUGUCGGAAAACGUCUCAGGCUACUUUAUUUGCAUAUGUUUGUGGAUUUGUUCUGUAGCAAGAGGCGGGCGUCCAGUUUGACAGAUAAUUACACGAUGAUCAUGAAGCAUGAAAAACUGGAGAAGAGUUUGAGUAAAAUAUGAUUAAUAAAAUGCAAAAACAUGAACAGGUACAAUCAGAAUACAGGCGAGAGGUAGAGAAAUAUCUAUAGAGAAAACCAAUCACGAUCACGCAGAUUAAUAAUUAACAUUUGGAAUAAAUCCAAGAGGUUUAAGGCUAACACAAGAACACUGAUCAUGUGCUUUGUUAAAGUGCUCUUAUCCGGUUAGUUCACUUCAGUCAUGAGAUUUUUGUGUAAAUAAUGUUCUUUCUAUCUGACAUGCAAAUAUUAACGGAUGUGAUCUUUUACUACAACCUGAGGCAAAUACUGACAUUUCUGCUUUGAAGUCUUCUUUAUUGAUUUCAAACAAACUUUUACACUUGUGUGAAAGCCGUUUAAAGUUUAGACUCUCAGUUUUUAACUUUCAGGAGAUGUGUAAGGAAUAAAAUAGGUCAAGGUGUGUUCAUCACUUUUCAGGAAUGAAAAGAACCAUCUGCUCAGGGAUCAAAUGAGGACUCUGGCAGCAUUUCUUCAUUUGUUUAAGACCGUCAAAUGUUUCCACAAGCUGGGGCAAAAGAAACUCUGAAUCCUGCCGUGGUCCGUUGCAGACUGGUCCUCAAUGAGCUCUCUGUUUCCAACCCGACACGGAAACAUUUCUGUCUGUCAGUCAGUAUCUUUAGAGAGAAGUGAUCAGUCAAAGUCCUGCUCGACAGGUCAGUACUUGUUUCAGAAGCUGCUGCAGCUUCCAAUUUGUUGUUUUAAUCUUAAUGUGAUGACAGGUGUGUGGGAGCACAUGUGUUUGGAUACAUGAGAUCAUUCCUCUCGCUACUUAACAUCCUUUGAUAAAUAAUCAAGGUGUCAUGGAAGCACUGUCAGCCUGCGUGUCAGUGUUUGUGUGUUUACUGUAGAUCAUCUGUAGAAGGUUAACACUGACAUAAUUAUAGAUUCUUGUAAAUAUGAACAGCAUUUGUUAGGGAUUAACGCAUACAUCUGCAAAUCAUCAACUUCAGUAAUCACUUUAGCACAUAGUUCCUGUCAUCGACGCCCUCACGCACUUUGGCUUGUUUUUCUCUGCAUGCCGUGUUUGUCUCAUCUGCCGUAUCAUUACAUCAAUAGAUGUGUGCUCAGCAGCUGGUGCAAAAAAAAAACAAAAAACACUGCAUUAAUUUAUGGCUUUUCUGCUGCACCCAAACAAGCAGCUGAGGGCUGUUUUAAUGAAGCCAAGUGUCCGUCAAAAUAAGAGCAUCAUGUGUGAAGUAAAAAAGAGACGUUUUUAGGCAAAUAUAACCCCAAAAUGUUAAGAAUGAAAAACAGCAACAGUGGUUUUUGUGGCACUGACUUUGGCAUAUUUUGAGUGAGAAUCUGUUGAGUGAAAGAAAUUAGUUUCUUCAUGAAUGAGCCGAUUUAUCACUGAGAGGUGAAUUCCUGUCUGGUUGAGCUCUGCCUCUAAAAUGUGAUUAAUCUGAGAUAUCCUGAGCUGCUGAGAUCAAUUGCUAUCAAAGUCCUUCUGGUUGCGCCUUUGCUAAGAAUUUGAAGUCUUGUUCUUUAAUGUAAUAUAACCCGCAUUAUUCCUGUCAUGAUGCCCGCCCUUGUCUCGCUUGAGUUAUAGUUGACGGACGUACUGUAAUCUUCUUCAAAUACCUGUUUGUCAUCACCUUUUAAAACCCUCUCUUUCUCUCUCCUCUUUCCUCAGAGAGAUUCAUCCCAACCAAAACUGAGCUGGGCCAUGCUCACGCCAUGACCACAACCAUGUAAGUGUUGCAGCAUGUCGUGUAAAGAUCUGAUAAAACUGAGGUAGCAUCACGUAUUUUAUUUGCAGACUUUGAGAGCACAGAUGUUUAGAUUGCUCUCAGCUGGCAAUGUCCGAUUCAGAUACACAAAGGAUGUUAAUCAGCCUUGAAACACUCGCCUGGAAGAAACAUGUCCAGAGGAGAAAUAAAUUGAACAUUAUCCGACUUCCCGAAAGUUGAAAGAAAACUUUUGACAGGAUGAUUCUUGCAGCAUAAUGAGUCCAAACAAAGUUUACACCAACAUGAAAAGCCAAAUGUUAAAUCCUGUUCUGUGUAGCCACAUCCUCACAGAGGAGUUCAUGGUUUUGGAGGAUUUAGGAACACAACUUAAUGAAAAAAAGACUUAUUGUUGCAGAGUAGCAGUUUAAUGGCAGGGCUGCUGAUAACAGCACAGCAACAGAAAAUAAGGUUUCAGGGAUUUCUUAGAGUGGAAACAAGUCCAAACAGCCAUAAAAACAGGGCAUCAUACUGAUAAAUAGGAAUUUAUAAUGCUUUUUUUCCUCUCCUAUUAUAUAAUCUUUGUGUUUAUAGUUUUUAGACUUAUUCCUUUGUGAAAACUCAAUAAAACAUAAAUUACCUGUUAUAUUUGCUUGCAAUAAAGACAGCACAGCAGCAAGAGCAGAUCAUUUUCACAUUUGUCAAUGACUCUAGGAUGCUGAUUCCCAACUAUAACAACAACAAACAAAAAUGUGGGAUAACAUAUUUUUAUUAGAGGGAAGGAUAAGUGCUUUAAUAAGAUUAUAAAUCACUGCUAUGGUUAUAUAGAGGUAUUUAUUAUGAUGUUUAACACUUAACUACCAUAUUUUAUCAUUCACUUGUUAGUGUAAGAGCAAAAAAGUUUGAUUUGAAGGUGAUGGCAAACUUAAUAAAACGUAAUAAUGAAAAAAACAAACACAUUUCAUGUCAAUAAAAGGGUUAUGAAGCUGUUUUUAAAAAAAUGCUGCUUUCAGGUAAAGAAGGUACCUGAGCAUCAGUGCAUGUGAUGCUGUAAGGCGUGUAAGUGAACUAUUGCUCCAGCAUCAUGUGUCACAAUACACACGCUCACCCAGAUGAGUCAUGAACGGUGCAGGAAAGUUGGUCCACCAGUUCUCUCACAGAGCUAUGACGGCAAACACACCCUCACCUCCCACUGCUCUCCCAUCACACCUGUUCUUAAGUUUUCAUUGUAGGAGAGAAUCUCUUUAUUUUAUCUUAUUAACCAUGCUUUGGUGUAUCAAACAUGAUUUGCAGAACUUGAUCCGGUCUAUGACUAAUAUAAAUAUCUUUGUUUUCCUACUGUCUAUAUGUUUUAUUAAAUCCUUCUAACAUCAAACAGAUCAUACAGGUAGGAGGUAUUAUUUACAGAUUGGGUGGUAAUGCAAAUUAGAAUCCCAACACUGAAGAUACUCUUAUUUGCAUAGCUUCCCACUCACUAUAAAUUAUCCUGUUGAUCACCUGGCUGCUAACCAAAGACAUACACAAGACGUUUCCAUGGCAACAGAUUCCUAUCAGCUUCUUUGAGACACAAAUACUUAUACAGUCAAGUUUAAACAUUAGCCGGCUUAUCUGUUACAAUUCACAUCAAACUGGACAUUUCCAUCGAAGGUGACGUCUGUCACGGCGAAGAGGACUUCUGCAUGAAUAUUUAUAUUGACGUUUCCUUCCUCAUUCAGCUCUCUGUUUUCUCAGAGCUUUGCAGUUGACACACUUCGAAACAAACACAAGGCAAAUGUCACAACUUUUAAUCUGUUGUACCGGUCACGAAAGAGAAUUUUAGCACUUAGUAGGAACUGGUGACCACAAAUUUAGUGACACAUGAUGCUUCUGUUGACUUUGGUGCGCCGGAUGGACAAAGUAGUAAUCCCUGUAUCCUUGCUGAUUCAAUCUAUCCUUGUGAAAGUCGAGUUAAAUGACUUUUUGACAUAUUAGAGACACAUCACUGCUCAUCUCGGUCUGUUUCUUAAUCUUAAGCUCCUCAUAGGAGCUUUAAUUGCUCAGUGAGUCCCAUGUCACUCAGAUCUCUUUAGAUGUAUUGUUUCCUUUUUACUUCUAUUGUCCCUCUUGUCUCUUUUUAACCUUAAUACAGCUGCAGUUGAUGUUUCCCCUCUUUCUCUCCUUCUCCCCAACACUCAUCUCCACUCUCUUUCUCUCUCUCUCUUUGUUUCUGCAGGGGUCUGUCUGUGAUGUUGACAGUCCUCAUUUAUGUUUCCCUGCUGUCCCACGGUGAGUCUCCCCUCUGAUUAAACAGAUGUUGCGUGACAUUGUCUUGUUUGCACUUUUGCACAAGUGAGCCUGUCAAACGUGUACAAGGGUUUUUGGCAAGUUUUGGUCAUGGCAGGUAGAGUCUGAAAUAUUAUUGAAGGGUAAAGUGAGAGCAUUAAAGGGUCUAACUGUGGAUGUUAUAGAGAGUAAAACAAACAUUUUUUUCCUAGUUUAGAUAGAAGUGUGAAGGUAAUCUCAACCAGGAGUUCACAUUCCUAUUUUUAGUAGCGUCCAGGUUUAUGAAAAAUUAACACCAGAUGUGGUGAGUGUACACUUAAUCUCCAGACGCACAGGACACAUAAGCCUUAAACCAGAAUCAGUGUUUGAAUUAUAUAUUGUGAAGCUACCAACAGAUUUCCCAUGUGCUGCUUCGGCACAAGAAAGUGAAAACCACUGUGCUCUCCUUGAACAGUGCAGUCACACUGUAGCAUGGUCUUCACAUGAAAUAUAUAUAAAAACUGAACAAGAGACAUGCACGUUUUUAUAGAGAAAAUUGAUGGAUGAAUUCUAUUGAAAUGAAGAAGAAAAACCAUAAACGUGAAAAUUAAUGAGUACAGAUUUGAAGAGAUAUCGUACUGAGCAAUAGACGGCUAUUAGACGUCUAGUUUUUUUUUUUAGACUUAAUUUCAACCGUCUAGCUUCUGUAUAUUUUUAGACGGAAUUCAGGCGUUGCACUUUAACCCAUUAUUCGAUAUCCAUGUAUUUCAAAAAGCAACUGUGAGUUGCAUGACUGAUCUUUAAGUACUUAACCAAAAUAAUUAUGAUAGCCGUUGAGCAAUAUACGGUUAGACCUCUGUUAGCUGGCUAGUUUAAACUUGGUCUAAAUUUAGAGGUCUAAAAAAGUUUCAUUUUUGGACCUGUGGUAGCCGGAUUUUAGACCAGUCUAAAAAAAAAAAGAAAAAGAUGAUUAAAUCAUUUUCAUCCGUCCUCCGGUCUCUUAUUUUGUCACUUUCAUGCUUGACUUUUCGGCAUGUCAUUUCCCUGUUGAUUUUCCAGUUGAUUCUGCAUUAUGGCGAGUUGAUGUUAAAGUGUAAUGAAAAGUGCCUAAUAUAAAAUGUAAUUGUUGUAUCCAGAUUACAUACUAUGUACAUACUAUGUAUUGAUUUAGGUUUUUGUUAGUGGAACCUCUAUGCCCCUACCCAGACAUGAAACUGGUCCCUGGUACAAAAAAAUUUGGGAACCACUGAUCUAGGUUACAUUUAGACGUCUAUUAGACUUCUUUUAGACCAAAAAAUGCUCAGUAGGAUAUUUUUGCAAGAAAAAGCCCUUACACAUAAAUUUGUCAGCUCAAAAGAGAGACACGCUCUUUUUUAUGUUUUAAUCAGGAGUCAUGUUACCUCUGUACUUAUUGCCUAAUACUAAGAGGGUGCAUAUUUGUAUGCUUCCUUUCUUAAAGAAAAUGUUGGUUGAUUGUAUAAUAUUUGCAAAAAGAACCAACUUUUAUUGAAACUUAAUGAAAUCACCGUCUUGUUAGUGUAAAAAUCCAAAAUUGCUGAGUUCCCUUCUCUCCCUCUCUGUCAGCAGGUGUUCAGUGUUCGAAGUCCAAACAAGAAGACUCUCUUCGCUCAGGUGUCCAUGACCUCCCAUGGCAGGAUCAGCUGUGCUGUGACUCACCCGCAGCCCACCUCAAUGAGGAGAUAAAAGACGCGCACGCACCGGCGACAAACCACUCCGGAUCAAACCUUCCACAUCAUCCCCGCUGUGACUUCAAGAGCUCAGUAACUGGAUCACAAAGUCUCUGGCGCUCUGGUGGUAAGAGAUGAACAACAGUGAAAAAAUUAACCUCUCAAAGGAAAACUUUAUGAGUAACAUUAGAAAACUCUUCCAGACUUUUGUGUUUGUUGUUCUCUGUUCAAACAAUGUACAGUGUGUACUUCAAAUAGACAAAUAGAGUCGGUGGAGUCGGUGUUAGAAAACAUAAAAGAGCAGAUUGUUUGCAGCACUUUGAUGCAGAUUUCUAUUUAUAGAAACCAGAACACUUCUGAGACCCAAACCUGAACCACAAUACAUGACUGACCUUUAACAGACGUGUGAUUCUUUCGCUAAUUAAAGAGAGUUACAGGGUUUUAUAGACUUAAUAAGCACAUUCCUGUUUAACAGAUGUUCUUUUGUAGAUCAUUGACUAUCAACCUUCUAAGUUUUAUAAAUAUGAGGAUGCGUCACAGCUGUUCUGUUUGUCUUAAUGCUCAUGUCCCCUCAGUUCUUAUUGGAGGGGACAUGAGCAUCACUGCUGCGUUGGCGUUUGCAGCCCAACAUUUGAGGGACACAUUUGUCACCCCAGGCAGCAAGUGGGUUUCAGUGUUAUGUGACUCCUGCUCAUCAGAACCAACAGCAGAGUCACGAUGACAGGGCCUAAUAAUUCCGCCUGCAGCACUGUCAAUUGUCGCUGAUAGAGAUGCCUCCAAAGAUCAGCCUGACAGGCUCAUUACCCCGUGAUGGCCUCAGCUGCUGCCCCUCCAGGCCUCUUGUCCUGAUGUGUUGUGAUCAAUUCAUGAGAACGUCUUGCUCUCAGGGACCUCAUUUCAUCAGUCGGCACAGCGGAAUCAAAACAGCUGUUUCUACCUUUUCAAUGUAGGAAACUGAAGCACUUCUGUUGUUUACCAGUGACAGAAAGUAAGAAGGUUAUUGAGAUUCAAAUAAGACAGUUUGGUUCUAAGUGUUUUGAGUCUUCAGUAUAAAAAUCCUUUCUCUACAUCGUCCGCAUAGAGGUGAAGGCAGAGGUGAGACGACAAGAGGGAGGUGAGGAAGAUGUGUUUGUUUGCAUCGAUCUGUGAGGCUCCAACAGCUGCUCUGUGACGCAUCCAGAUCAAUAGUAAUUAGCUAAGACCUUUCCACUUUAGAUCUAAACAAUGAUUAUUAAACAGAGAAGCUAAAGGCCUCCACUGAAGCUCCUGACAGUUUUAUGUGGCCCUCUACAAUCAGACGUGCGCAAAGGUCCCGAGCUGUCAUGCUAGCUUAGUAGAUUCUUAUUUCAUUCACACAUUUUAGUGUUUGUUCGUUUCUUGACAAAAUAAUCUAGUUUUAAGUCAUUAAAAUGAAAAUUGAGCAACGUCUAACUGACAAAGAUCACCAUCACCAAGAAAACCAUAGAUUGUAUAUAGAAUGGACACGUCUGCCUCCUCGCCACUCUGAGAACAGCACCCCCUGUUGACGGGCUGCAGUAUAGGUCAUAAAUCCCGCCUCCUCCAGCAAUCCCUAUGUAGCGGUGGACAAACUUUAGAAAUUAAUUACACAGAAUAUAAAUUUUUCUCCGCCCUGCUUUUUGAAAGUUAUCAUGUUUUCUAUGAUUGACACUUGAUACAGCCUAUGGGAUUAUGAAGAUUGCGUAGGUCACCCGGGGGAUAUGCUCUUUAGGCGGAGCGUCAUCACAGCGACUGUUGGCGACUCUGCCGCAAAAUGCGUACAACGCUACUGCGCAAUGUUGGUGUCAGGAAAUGCGUCCUUAGAAAACAGUCAAAUUGCGAUUCUUUGUUUACCCAUGUUUAAAAAUGUGUGCCCAUAGUCUGUGGGUCAACAAUAUCAAAGUGUUGCUAAUGUCAGCAGAGCCACCACCACCGGACUUUGGUCAUCUGGGCAGGUUACAGCCAUCUCUGAUUGUGCUGGUGCCAAAUUGUUCCAGUCAAAUGAUGUUUAAUCAUUCAGUUAACUGAACACACAUCCCAAGGACUGACUGUAAAUGAAAACUGUUGUCAUUCUCCUUUAAACCUUGCUUUGGUGCCACUUUGUAAAUAAAUGCUCUUAAGUAGGACCGAAAUAGCAGCAGGAGUAGCUCAGUCUGGAAGGUCAUGGGCUGAGGAUUGGAGGGUUGCCGGUCAGAGUCCUGGUCAGAUCUUAUCUGGACUUGGCCUGGUAACUGGAGAGGUGCCAAGUCACUCCCCGAGUGCUGCCAAAGGCACCAGACCCUCCCAAUAGCUCAUAGCGUGGCUCCAAUGAGGGCAGCAAGGCCGUCACUCUGACAUCCCUUUCUCUUCAUUAGUCCAUGUCCAUGGGGAUCCUGUUUGUGAAUGUGUAUUUGCAAGUAAAUCAGCCUGUGUGUGUGGGUAGUAUGUAUAACAACAGAAUAUAUACUGUGACUUAAUCCCUGUGGGGAUUAAUAAAGCAUGACUUACCUUUAAACAGGUUACUAUGGUGACCGUUACAUCUCCUGAGCUUUAUUUGUGCCAGUAAAUAAGCAAAGUAAACACAUGUGAGCAUGUUAGCUGUGUUAUUAUGAGCAUUAAACCAGCUGACAUUACUUUAAAUCAUUACUUUGCUUUGCUGCAGCCUUUAACUCUUCCUUAAAGACAUGUUAGUGCAGGAGGAAGAUCUUCAAUCUUUAAAAAAACAUAUUUCAGAGAAUUUUUAAAUCCCAUGACCUCACCAUGAAAGAUUUAUUUUUUAAACAACAGAGGUAAUUUAAAAUCCUUUUACCCUCCAUUAUGUCCAGGCUGGAAACUAUCUUACCAAAGUGGUGCCUGUGGCUGCUGUGUUGUACUCAUUUCAGUUCCCCAGCAGAGAUUUAGUUCCCGGUAAAUUAAACCAAGCUGUGUUCUCAGAAGGUCUCAUUAGGGGGUCUCAGUCAAGUGAUGCUGAGCAUGUUACUGACAUGCAGAUUGAAUCUCUUGCCAGGCACCUGUUUGGACAUACUGUGCAGACUUCAAAACCCGGAAAAUCUCACUUGCAAACUUCAGCCUCUUGGUCCACCGUCAUCUGCGCUGGUUUUGGGUCCUGUGGCUAUCAGUUUACAACGUCUACCGUGAGUAUGAAGCUGCAGAUUUUGUUUAUUUUGUAGUUCCUUCCUGGCAAUAUUUUUUUCCACUGGUUGUGAAUGACUCUUUGUUUGUGGGUACGUGUGUGUUUUGAUCCGAGCCUUUUUUACCGCUCAGUGGGGGUUGCGUAUGCGCUAUUUCCUUCGAACAGCAGAGCUCUGCUUUUAUCAUCUCACACCAUCUUCUUCAGCAGCUGAAAAACUUACCCAGUUCUUCAUUUUGUGACACUUUAUUUUCAUGUCUUCUUCAUUUUCCAUCUUCUGAGAAAACAAUCUGUGUUUCCAUAUGCACUUCCAGGUCGGAGACGGAUGAGAAUCCUGCGUCUUAUAACCCUGUUGUCUGUGAGGCAGAGGACUCUUUCACCUGUUCGCUGACUCUUGAUGCUACAACAAGCUUUGUCACCACGGUAACCGUCAGCAUCUCGGACACUGUAGCCCCGCCGGUCCUACUCCAAAUUCCCGCUCGACCUGGUGAGGGCUCGUUUUAUUUUGCGAUUUAUACACGUGCUCUUUGUCUUAAGCAUGAAACUUAAAAAAGGACAUUACGUAAUGCAUUGUGAUGGUCUUUACAGAUGACCUUACUGUGCAUUUCACAAUACCGACUUUGUUUCAUUCACCUGCAGCUAGCGUAACAAGUCUCUCAUUUCCAUACAGUCAAAUACAAGGCUGGGAGAAAUUAGGGAAGGGCAAGAAACCCUGAGUGGUUGUUUCAUUCAUCAGACAGGGUCCUUCCUGUAAUUCUUUAAGAUAAAAAAUAAUAAUUAUCAGAUUUGAUUCACCAUAAAGUUGACAUGACUUAUAAACUGUAGCCAUCUUUCUACACUGACACUUGGGAAGUUAUGGGAAGAAUGAUUUAAAAUGCACUGAAGGAAGACAGCAGGUAUGAAACUUGGUCUGCUAACAAAAAAAAAAAAAAAAAAGUUGUGUUAUGACGGUUGCAAAAAUUCUUCAAUAACAGACCAUAAAAUAAUCCUUCAAGUUUUUGCAUCAGCAAAAAUAUAGAUUAAGCUUGCAUUUUUAGCUUGUACAAAUUUGCAUCAUAAUUUUAUUAGUUAAAAAUUUAAGACUUUUUUACUGCAAGUCAGUCAUUAGGAGAACAGUUUGUUAGUCAAACAGCCUAUAUGUGACUUAACUGUUAACAGUGAAACUGAGACUCAUCAGAAACAGGUAAACGGACGCUCCUUUAAGGUGAUGUGAGGUGAUGUGUUUCUUUGCAGACAUCGAACACAAAGUCACUUCUAAAGCUGCUGAUUGGACUGUAACACUGUGCUCUUUAAAUCUGAUAUGAUUAUUAUUCUUGGCGGUGUUGUAAGUGUUGAAAUAUGAAUUAACUUAUCUGUUACUGACUUUUCUGGAGUGUCCUAAGUACAUUACAGUAAGGCAUCAAAAAGCUAAUUCCCAGCAUUGACUUUUUUCAAAGUCACUCAGUUACCGGCAUUUGUGCUCUAAUAACAGAUUCAGCCAUGUAAGGAGAAGACUCAGGGCUCUCUAGUGUUUAAAACACCGACAGUAUUCAGACGUCUAAUUUUAACUGGAUGGAUUUAGACAGAAAAGGACAAAGAUUCUUACUCAGUUGUGAUUGGCAAUCGUGACUGGAAUAGUGGAGAGGAGGUGGGCCGUGACCUUGUCUUCCUUAGUGUGAGUUAGUGUGUGUGUGUCCAUCCUCAUCCAUGCUGUGAGACGCCCACAGUGACGGACAGUGAAAGACGUUCCAGCGUUCAAACAAACCUUUUGGCCGAGCUGACAGAGCAGAACAGGAACUGUUUGUGAAUAGCGCCUACUCUGGAUUUCCAGGAGAUCUCUGCACAGAGGGGUCCUACAUAGUCCAGUAUCCAUCAGAAAACUGGUGCCAUCAGUUUAACAUGUAGUAUGUACGGAUUAAAGUAUAUGCAUCAUAAUAUCAUGUAUUAUGUAUGUGAUGAAUUAUGCGACAUAUUCAGUGGAAGCGUUUGUUUAAUGCAUACACAUCAUGGUUUGUACUCUUAGCUUGUGCAUCCAUAUUUUGAAUGUGGUAAUUCUCUGUAUAUGUUUAUAUAAACAAAUACUGUAGGUGCACAUGCUAAUAUACAGGAGAGUGCCGAGCGAUAUGAAGGGGACAUUGGCAGUCUAGAUAAUGACUGAAGCAUUGUAAGAAAGUGGACUCAGCCAUGCCAUUAGUCACUUUAUGUAACAAUGAUUUCACAUUAGCACAGUGUUGGUUUGUCUAGUUUGUUCAUAUCUGGUAGAGAAGCCGCUGCAAUCUAAAUGAGCAUUUUCUUCACAUUUAGCUGUAUAUGGUUUCUCUUCUCAUCAUAUCUUGGUUGUUGUGCAUGUUUCCUGGUUGCACUUACAUAUGAUGGGACCUUCAGUUAGAUAUCUCCAUAAACCCCUCGGCUUGACUCUCCACAACCACCUAUUAAGUAUCUGGAUUAGUUGCGCCAUUAUUUUCUGUAUUGAUUGUUAAGUAUCAAAUACAAAAGGAAAAGUGAAAACAUUUUGCAUUUUUUUCUCUUGGUUUGUAGUUCCGCCUUGCGAUAGGUUUCCCCUCUCAGUGAGAUGUUACCUGAGGCUAACAGUCAUUUGCUCUGUUCUUCUAAUUAUAAUCAUAUCAGGGAGAUAAUCAAUCGCGUUUCUUCCAUUGUGUAGUACACUCAAAUGACCCCUUCAAGAGAGCGCUGACAGCCCUGCUUUUCUCUGGUGUGAGAGCAGUCUGGAAAAUAAAUAGCUGACCAAUUACUCAUAAUGUUGAGUAAUCUCUUCUCCGCCAGCAGGCAUCUUUGUGGUUUUAUGAGACAUGAUUAUUUCUGCCUGUAAUUGUCCUCACUGAUUGAUGGAGUAACACUGGCUGCUACGCCUGUCUCGCUUCAUUGAACGACGGUUAAUGCCUGUGUUGAUGUACACCGCCGGAAAUCAUUUCCCAGUUAUGAUAUUAAAGCAUCUAUACUGUGCAGAUGAUUCAUGUCUUAACUUGGUGAAAUUACAGUUGUAUGCUCAGAGCAAAAGGUGGAGUUGAUAUAUUUUCAAUUUUUCAAGAUUUAUUUAUCUAAUACUGAAAAUCCUUGCAAAAGAAUGAGUAAAGUAUUGAUCUUCAUUGCCUGUAAUUACUCUUAGAUGUACGCUGGCCUUGCAUCAUAUUUCCUCAUAUGCAGUAAAUAAAUAUCACAGCUAUAGAUACUGAGAAACAACAUGUAGAUGGUGUUAACAGGCUGCCUGGAAAUAAUGGAUCUUUUUAGUCCCUCACAGUUGUAAAUGGGGGUGUAAAUGGUAAAAAUGAUCAUCUGCUUUUAUGUUCACUUGUUGUGAAGAUCCAUAGAAAUGUUAGAAAUAAUUAUUGUGCUUUUUAUUGACUCCACUGUGACAAAUGAACUGUACAUAUAUGUGCUUCUUUUUUAAUCUAAUCUCUCUUUUUCUACAGGGAAACCAAGUCCUCCGGUUAACCUGUCCCACAUCCAGACCAUUGAGCCGCAGCUGAUUUUACUCUGGGACGAUCCAUCUGAAUUUAUCACCGACUCGCUGACAUACGAGGUCCGGUACUCCUCUGAUUCCUCUCUUCCAGCCUGGCAGGUAACUCUCAGAAUUGGUCAUAGUUAUCAAAUUCAUUAAAGGUAUUUUAAUGUAGACAGAAGGCUGUUAUGUUGGAAGCUAAUACUGAAGCUCUUCGAAGUUGAGGACAAAUUUUCCAGCCUCUCUGACUAGCUGAUUUUGGCAACCUAAUGAGACGUCCUGUUGGGAUACUGAUCCAAGGACAUGUCCACCCAGUAGCUUCAGAUCUCUUCUUUCGAGGACAGGCCCACCCAGAAGCUCCUUAAAAUCCCCCCCCUUACCUGUAGAGUACAUUUCACCACUCAGCUUUUCCGCUUACACUUUGUGGAUUCAGUUUGUCUCAACAAGUGUCUCUCAAGUUUUUUUCAUUCUUUUUUCUUUUUUUGGUUGUGAGGGAAACUCAUCACCAUUUUUCCUUCCCAAAGACAAAGAGACUAGAAAACAGAGAUAAGUUUUGAUGUUUCUGGACAGCAGCAGCCAUAAUUUAGAUAUUUGUACUUUCUGCUUUACUGAUGACCCUUUUGUCAACAAAGGCCACUAUAAGCUGGAGUUGCACCUCAGCUGUUACUAAAACCUCAAGACAUAACUUCCGACUGCAAAGCUGUGUGAAAAGUAACACCCACAGGCCCAAUGUCUAACUUCAUGUCUCUGGUUGAGAGGUUGAGGCUGAAUGGUGCUUAAAUGAGUGUUUAACAUAAGAUCAACCUUUUGAGCUGCAGAUCAGGGCAAAGAGUAUAUAAAGUCUCCUUUAUAAAUUGGUGCAUUACUGUGUUUCUUGGUCUAAAACCCUGAAAUUUUUGACCAACAAUGGACUAUUUGGGGGGGUUCCGACUCUGACAGCAAACCCUUCCGCAGUGGGGGUUCAGUGAAGCACAAUAAUCAGCACAAGAAGGCAAUCAAACACAAAUACUAUAUUCAGCAAACCACCGGACGUCGAUUAACGUGGACGCUCUUCAAUCUUCCUGUCUCCAGCCAGUCUCCAGUGGGUUGGGCGAAUCUAAAAUAGUGAAAACUAGGGGGUGUUCUGAGACAGGCUGUUCCCUGUGAAACGGGGGCGCUCUGAAAACACCCCCACUAGCACUUGGUACAUUCCUCCUGAUGAAAUUAACCAUAGACUGUGAAUUGAGGCGGGAAAAAAACCCCAUCAGAAUUUUAGUCAAUCAGCACUAGGACUUUACAGCCCUAAUACUAAUAUCAACUUUUGAGCGUUGAUGAUAGUUUUGACAUUUUAAACAUGCUGGGAAAAGAAACUUCAGCAACAAGACAAACAGACUCACUGUGUUUGCACUUUCUUGUAUUUAUGCUGUUUCUAUGUUGCAUUAAUUUCCAUUGCUGAGACAUUGUGUUUAUUUAGUGUGACAUUUUCACACUCAGUAGGGGCUGAAGAGCCUCAAACAGUGUACUUAGUAUUCAACAGUGUAUCCACUGUUCAGCAGUGGAUUAUGAUUCAUCCAGGGGCGAGACUCCGGACUCAAGACUCCUAUAGACGUUUAAUAAAACAUGAUUUCACUGAUUCUUGUUAAAACUUCUCUAUGUCCCUGUGGGUAAUGAAGUCCCUUUUUGUAUGUGGUUGGCUAAAUUAUUCUGCAUACAGCCCAAGAAACUUAAAAGAAUCUCCUCAGGGUGUUUUAUAUAUUAACAGCAUUUCGCUCUUUUCAAUCACUUAACGGGUUUAGGAAAAACUUAAAAGAAAAAACGUUCUAGGAAACAGAGGAUGGACUUUUACACACGUUUAGCCAAGUAAAUCAAAGCAGGUUGAAAAGUCUGGAGUCUUAUUGGAAAGACCUGAGCUAAUCAGUCUCCUCUCCAGUGUUCAACCUUAACCUCACCUUCAAAGUGAUUAUUCAAUAACUUAGUAACACGAUCAGUAACAAGAUUCGCUCUAUAAAAUCAGUAUACAGCAGUUUUACUCCGCUCAGGUUUCUGUUUAUGUGUGACUUAUGAGGGAUUUUGUUCAGUUUGGCUCAUAAGAGAGACUGUCAGUGAAACCUGCCAGAAAAAGCAGGUGUCUACACUCAUUGUCCAAUGUUGGUACAGUUAAUGGGACAUAAAACAGCAACCACAAUCAUGUUGUGAUGACGGAUGAGAUUAGGUCAUCAUUCUCACGUGGAAACACUCCCAACUACCCUGACAUCGGUUUGAUUAAUGUGUGUUUUGACUCUUUCUUCUUCUGUCCAGGUUGUUCCUGUACUUGGAGAGCCCAGGUUGUCACUGGAUCUGAAGCCCAGACUGAACUACACCAUCCAGGUCCGCUGCUCCAGCUUGGAUGGGCCUCCUGUGUGGAGUGAGUGGAGUGAGCCACACCACAUCUUCCUGGACAGUAAGAAGUUUCCCCUUCUCAAUCAGCUCAAUAAACUCAAGUUGUUUUCAGGAUUUGUUUCUUCUCCAAAUUAAUGAAAGUGAAUAUUAAUGUGAACCUGGGAACUGGUUCAAGGUCCGACAACCCCAAACCCCUCUGCCCAGCUGCAACAGAGAGGGUCCCCUCAAGCCAAGUCUAGUCAGAGAUUAUAUCCAAAGACACCAUCACCAUGAAGAUCCAUGGAUUACUUAAGAUCUAUGAAGGUUGUAUGUUCUUGCUCGAGGUGUCUCUGAACAUCUAACCAUGUCAGAGCAGGGUCUUGAUCCCCCUUCUCUCUCGGAUGAGGAACCUCAACGUAGAGUUCUUAGUGAUGGGAGUUUGGGCUCUGAAUUAUUUGUCUCAGCAGGAACCAGGUCUUUGGGUUCCCAAACAGCUCUUCAUGGAGAUGGCUCUCAGGGCUGAGUCUUCAUGAUACCAGGAACUAAUCAUAGUCCCUCAACCUUUAACGGCAUUCUAUCUAUCUAUCUAUCUAUCUAUCUAUCUAUCUAUCUAUCUAUCUAUCUAUCUAUCUAUCUAUCUAUCUAUCUAUCUAUCUAUCUAUCUAUCUAUCUAUCUAUCUAUCUAUCUAUCUAUCUAUCUAUCUAUCUAUCUAUCUAUCUAUCUAUCUAUCUAUCUAUCUAUCUAUCUAUCUAUCCAUCCAUCCAUCCAUCCAUCCAUCCAUCCAUCCAUCCAUCCCCAGUACUUAUUAGCAGAUAGACUUUCUAGGUUUCUGAGAUAAAGGAAACCCUAAUAAUGGUAAUGAAGAUAACUCUAGUAAUCAGGAAGUUAAAUUACGUACUUUUACGCCUUUAAAGGAAUUGGCUUGCUAGGAUUUAAACCUCGCCUGAUGGCUGCAGUAAGUGUCCAUAGAGUCUCCGAACGGUGCUGCAGAGGAGGCAUGAUCCCUGAUCUCAAUCACCUCACAGGUAGAUUUAUGUCGGCACUAACCCAUUAAAACCAGUUUGACUCAUUAGCCUUUAGCUGUUAAUGAAGAGCUCAUUUCAAUACAGUCAAUGUCAUUGGACUCGUGAUUCAGAGGUCAUUUUUCAAGGUGACUGACCAGCAACAAAUCACAGUUUGACACUGAAAUUACAAAGUAAAUGUCAAGAGAUAGCCGAACAUGCAGCAACAAACCAUGAGGGGUUUCCAUGACAGUGUGUUUUAAAAUGAUGAAAAUGAGAGAAAGAAAUCUCCAAACCUUGGCUGGUUGUGCAUUUGUGCUGCACCAACAGUCUUCUAAUUAAAUGUUAGCAUUCGCUGGAGGGCUUUAAACAGUAAGAGCAAGAUGUCUCAGUCCUGCUCUGGUAAAAGUGCUUUUAAUAAUCCUUGUAAAAAACUGCCUUAGUCAUGGUUUUCUUUUUUUUUUGUUGAUAUUUCAAUGGAAUAAAAUCAUUGUUUUAUGUGUUCAAAAAGGGGCAGAAGCCUGUAGGGUGACAUAAAAGGGAAAAUUGGUCCAAUAAAGAGAAAAAUAUCACAAAUAGGUGUCAAGAAAAUGUCAAAAACUAGUGAAUCUAUUAAUCAGAUGUAAUAUUCAGAGAGUUUUUUGGAUGAGAAAGUGGUCAGUCUGUUUUCAAGGAGAUCCAAGAGAGUUUUCCCUGCAUCACAUUAAAAUCUCCUUGAUCUGCAGAUCAAACGUUGGGGGCUCAGCAUGUCUCCAAUUAGAGAGGGUCGAACAAAGCGGGGUGAGAGAAGCUACAGACUUGUGUAGUGGGAUACCAAAAAUGGGUAGUCAUGGUAUUUGUAUCCAUCACUAUUGAAACCUUUUAUGGCCCAUCGACUGUCUGUGCUUUUCAGCUUUAUGUGUGAAAAAAACAUGCAAAGCUUUGAACUUUUGAGGGUUUGUUCUACAAAUCUUUUUCUUUCAGUUCUCCAUUAAUAAACACGUGCAUGCGUUGCUCAUCCUCUAAAAGUGUGUCAAGGUGUGUCAUGAGGUCAAAGCUUUUUUACUUGGAAGAAUUUAGUCAUCUGGUUGGCACAAAAAUUAUUGACAGAAAAAAGUCGCUAAAACGUCAAAAAAACUCAAAAAGAAAGUACACUUAACAACUGUAAGAGACGUUUCCUGAUGCAUAUCUCUUGUGAAAUAUUUUGAACGAUAAACGGACAUGUAACGUCUUUUCUCAUUAAUUUCCUUUUGUUGAGCUGUUCACCUGUUUUGUGCAUGAGUCAGGUUUUAGAACAAACAGUGCUUGUCUGCUUCUGCGGAGGUGUUUGUAUCACACCCUAAAACACACACACACACACACACACACACACACACACACACACACACACACACACACACACACACACACACACACACACACACACACACACACACACACACACACACACACACACACACAGAGCGGACCAUGCAGCAAACAAACUCCCUGAAGUGUUUCUGUUGUCUUGGGUUAAAAAAUCUUCAUGGAGAGUUCAGAUGGAUGAGAAAUAUUCAGUUUGUUCAGCUUUUUAUUUUCAUUGAUCAUUUUUCAAGAUGUUUUCAGUUCUUUUUGUUAUCAUAAUAAGGAGAGGCUUAAAACAACGUGCUUCCACUGCAGUUAAAAAAAAACUUUCAACAUGAAAUCUUUGAGGUUCAGAAAAGACAUUUUUCAGUUUAUAGAUGAUCGUUUUUCAGUAUUUUAAAACAUUUUCAAACAGUUCGGAAUUUUCUUUUCUUUAUUUAGUAACAAGAAAAUUUUGUCAUCUUAAUAUAUAUAGAAUUUAGCUCAAUAGAUUGUGUCUCACUUUUAAUUAUAAGGUUUAAUAACAAGUUUUUUUUUAUUAAUUUAUAAUGUAAAAACUAUUUAAAUUAUUGUUAUUGUCAUAGAUAAGGUCAUAGGUUGUAUUUGUGUGAAAACUUUUAGUUAUAAUUUGAAAUUAUAUCAAAAUGAACCUGGUAUAUGUGUGUUUGUGUUUCUGUGCAGCUGUGAGCUACAUCCCAUGGGAAGUGGUAGCGCGACCGGGGGAGAACGUGACCGUCUACUGCGUGUUCAACGACCAUAACCUCAACGCAAGCGCAGCUGUGUGGACGCGCAACUUCUAUAAGCAGCUUCAUCACAGCCAGUACCACCCAGUCAACCAAUGGGUGAGAUACACAAUAACUCUCCUAAUUUUGAUAACAGACUGCAUGCUCUCUAUGCCAGUAGUAAGUUUGACUUUUUCAUCACCAGGUCAGUCAGAUCACGAUUCGUCCUUCAGAGACUCGCAUGUAUGACCUGCUGCAGUGCACUCAGAAGUGGAACAUCGUGUACAGUCGGAUAUAUGUGGAAGGUGAGCUGCUUUGUUGCAGUGAUUCUAAUUGAGAGGAGCUUAAAGUUUAUUUGGAGUUUUUUUGCUUUAUGGCAAUAAUUAAAACAAGAGAAACCAAUAAAACGUAAAGCUGCAAUGAGGAGUUUUUUUUAAUUUUUGAAACAGGCUGAUUUUUGUAUCGAUGCCUUUUUAUGAUACCUAAAAGCAAAACCAACCAUCAGAGGCAACUUAUAUAUUGGCAAUUUUAACUGGUGUGAGACGGUAGGUUUCAUUGAGCAGCUGAAGAAACAACCCUGCUUUUGUAGUUUUCACAUGAAAUAUUCACAAAAAUGAUAAGUCUGACUGUGAAAAGUCGGCAGGAUGAGAUUUUUGUCAAAAGACACACCUUGAGCAUGUAGAGGACAAGAUAAGCAAAGACUGCAUUGACCACAGGACUGCCAAAGUUAACAACACAAACCUUAAGUUGCUCACAGGAGCUUUAGAUAGUCUUCUGACAGAAACAUCAUCAUCAUGCUAACGUUUGGCAGUAAACUCAUUCAUAUUAAAUGUGUAAAAUAUAAAAAGGGCUGUUUCUGUAUCUGAUUGUCUGACAACCACCCCCUCAUAUCAGAUCAAGGCGCUAAAAUUAUUUUCAGGCCUGUCACUGAUGGUCUUGUUUACUUUUGUACAUCAUAAAAAUGCAUUCAUGCAUCUCACCUUGCUUUCUUUUUAUGUAUCAAGCAAAAAAAAUACUUUAAAUAUUUGCCAUGAAAAAUAUGUGAUAAAAACAGUUUUGACAGAUUGCAGUUAAUCACUUACUCUGAAACUGUCAGUGUUUUCUUAAUAGUUGAAACACUCAUCCUUAGUUCUUAUUUUGAGCCUUGUUCAGUUUAACAUCGUCACAUGAUGCUGACAGUGGAAAUAAACCGACUGGUAAAAAGUCAAAAAAGAGUAGCAGGUGGGAGAGCGAGUGGGUUAGAUAAGUUUAGUCCAGGAAGUUAAGUAUUUCUUUUGGCAGGGAGGACAGAGCAGCAACAGACAGAGAAAGAGAUUCUUGAUUUUCGGUCAAAGACAUGUUGAAUGAAUGCCAAAGAAACUUUACACCCUUGCCUGAACAUGCAUGACCUUUUGAAUAUAUGCAGGGUCUGCUUUCCCACAAGUUCCCCCAUAGACUGGUCCAGCUUUGACUUUAGUUUUUUUGUUGUUGACUUCACUUAACAUCAAACUUAGUUUUAGAAACUACACUCUGUCCACUCUGUCAGUUUUCCUCUGGAGUGAAAAAAUAACAUCCUCUGGAGUGAAAAAAUAACAUCACACACACACACACACACACACACACACACACACACACAUACACAUACACACACACACACACACACACACAACACAGUCUCAGUGUGCAGAGGUUACCUCAGGUCAAGUCUGUUAUCUUAACCUAAUUACAUGUUUUGUUUUUGACUGUGUCGCAGGAGCUACUAUUGACAUAAAUUGUGAAACCAACGGCGAUAUCAACGCUAUGGACUGUAGCUGGAAGAACACACAGUGGACUAACCCCAAUUUCAGAUCCAGGUAAAUGAGUUCUUGUUUUCCUCAGGCUCUCUCGUAACCAUUUCAUAUGCUCAGAUGUUUGCGUAAGCUGCGGCAUUGUUAACGAUCUAAGUGAGCUGAAAACCUGGAAAUCACUGAAAACAAAGAGCAGAAGUCUCCUUUGUUGAACACACCCUCAAAAUAAUCACGUGAAGCAAUACCUGGAAGUCAUUGUCAUCACAGUGUCUGGCUUUAGGGUCAUGGAAAGUCUCUUGAGUCUCUAAGGAAUCAAGGACCAACACAAUGAUGUAAUUUCUAUUCAUUUAUCAAGUUAAGAUACCAGUUAAGGGCUGUGGAAAGUUCAGGCACAAGAGCUGCAGAUGUUGCUUUUAAAAACCUUCACGCUCCUCAUUCGUUUAUAUUCUCCCUCACAGGUGGGCUGACCUGCCCUGCGAUGUGAUGGAGGAGAGGGAGAGAGCCGGUGAGACUGUAGGGGAGGUCGGGCCGGCUUGCCUGCAGGUCAGAUUCAAGAGGAAAACCUGCACCAUCCAGCCCCUGAAGAUGAACUGCUACAAGCUUUGGCUGGAGGUCCCGUCCAAGCUGGGACUCAUCAGGUCCAAACCUGUCUACUUGUCUCCAAUAGAUCACGGUGAGCAGAGGCAACAGUGUAACUUAAGAUUGUUGUUGAGAAAACACAACAGCCUCUCACUCUUUUCAUCAAAUUCUCUCCUGUAGUAAAACUGCACACACCCAUCGAUGUGAAGGCAGUGACUCGGAGCGGCAGGAUCCUCUCUGUGUCGUGGAAGCUUCUGUACACGCCGUUCGACAGUUUCCAGUGUCAGUUCAGAUACUGCCUGCCUUCUACUAGAGCCCAGCUGCAGUGGAAGGUGAGUUUGAUUGUAUUAGACAUUUUAAACACUGUAUUUUUUAGUAAAAAGCACAUUGGUUCAGGUUGCUUUGACAUGCGCACAUCUGGUCAGUUUGACAUCAGAAAUAAGAGCUGAAAUGAGACCAUAGUUUCGCCUUUCCAUCAAGACAUCGCCCUAAAAAUAAGGCGCAUGCUUUCGGCAGCUUCCUCUGACUAACACAAGAAGAGAGAUGAGGAAAUUAUUUGGAAAGACGGAGGAAACAGAUGGGUCCUACAUUAGAUUAUAAAUGUCCUCAAUAGCUCUAUUUCCCCUUCACUAAGAAAUAAUAGGAAAUGUCAUCUGUGCAGGUCCAGAGUCCUGUGCAGGUUGAGAGUCCUUCGCAGGUGCAGUGGGGUGAGGUCACAGUGCCAGACAUGUGCUGGGUGUAUGCAGUCCAAGUCCGCUGCAUACGCUCCAACGGUACAGGAUACUGGAGCAAGUGGAGCGACUCAGUCUACUCCAUGCCUCAAAACAGCAGAGGUAGAUAAACGAAAAGACAUUUAAUUUCACUGAUUUUGAUUAUCCAGGCGAUUCAAAACCUCAUCUGAUAUGUUCCCCUCAGCUCCUGAGCGAGGCCCUGAUUUCUGGAGAAUUCUUCAAGAUGAUCCGUACAGUAACCAGACCAACGCCACUCUGCUGUUUGAGGUGAGCAUACUGAGACAGACGGUGAAUAAAAACAGAUUUAUGAUCGAUGAGGAGCGUGAGAACAUCAUGCUUUCUGCUUCCACUUCAGCCUCUUCAGAUGUCCGGACAGUCUUACUGUGUGGACGGAUUGAUAAUCCAGCACCAGACCUCGAGCGGCUCAGUGGUGAGGGAGCGAAUCGAUGUGGCAUCAUCCUACAGCUUUGAGUGGGACCAGUCCCCCCAGACUGUGACUGUGGAGGCUUACAACAGUCUGGGGAGCUCAGUUAAUAACUUCAACAUGGUGCUGGAGAGACAGCCCAAACGUAAGUGAGCUGGAAAAGAAAUCUGUGCUUUUCUUUUUUUUUUCCUUUUGUCUUUCUUCUUUUGGUCAGAAUAAAAAUAAACUAUUUUUUUUCUAGCGCAUAAACUCUAUCAUUCCUUCAGUUGGUAGAUUGCAGCUCAUUUAUCAAAGCCGUUUCAAAGCAUGUGGUUCAGCUCAAGCCUCAGAUUUGGCUCUUUUAUCCUCCCUUUUUGAAAUUUUGUAGAAAUUUGCUUCAACUGUUUUAUUUUUAUAGUCUAUUGACCAAAACAGCUGAUUGAUAGAGAACAAAGAAGAAAAAGUCGAAAAUCAUAACCUACUAUCAUACACAACCGAAAAACAUAUUAAUGUUCCUGCUUUUGCAGACCAAUAAUACCUCUUACCUCUUUGGAUAUUUUGUUUUAAGCAUGUAUCACGUUUUCUGACCCCCCAAAAAUGUACUGUAUGAAUUUUUACUGUGGCGAAAGGGGAAAAAAAGACUGUCAAUUAUAUGCCUUGCUGUCAAUUAUCCUGUGUGAUACGUACCCUCUUGCAGUGGCAGUAGAAAUCACAAUAGUUUACAGUGGUUUAAUUUGGUUUUGUGGGCCACAAUAGCUUUAAAGAUACUUCGAGGAGUUUUUCAACAUUUAUGAAAUAGAUUGAAAUUCAUAUUAAUGCCUUUUGAUGGUUAAGAUUUAUGAUUAAUGAAAACUGAAGCAGCUAAGAGAGGGCCGCCGAGGGACUCAAGUAAUCAAGUGCAAAGAAAUAAAUGAGCCGAUAAAAAGAGAGCGUUUGAGGCCAGUUGGAUUAGCGGUCUGUGCUAACUCUCAGAGACAGAUACUUGAAUCAGUGCUGUUGAAAACAUGUUUCAGCAGAAGAUUUCCAGUAAAUGUUUUCUUUUCCUCCAAAAUGAGCCAAGAAAAAAAAAAGUGCUGAUGAAAUGAACUGAACCAACCCCUCUAACAAAUCCAGUUCUCCCCAUGCUACCAUUAAAAGUUGUUUCUUUCCAACUGGUUAUUUACCUCAUGCCAAGUUCACUUACAUCAUUGCUUAAAAAUGUUUAAAAAUAAGAGUUUAUUAAAGUUGCGUAAAUAAACAGGCAUCCACUCAAACCUCAAUCAUGUGUCCCUGGAGAGCCCAUUAGCGCUCUCGUUGGCCUUGCCGCCAUUCGCCCUUGUGCAGUAAGAGCUUUUAUCAGCAGCAAAACAGAGGUCAUGAGAUUCAUCUCUCUAAUGUCCCCCUGCCUAACACGCUGUUUAUGUGCUUAUGAUGGUUGUCUGUCUGUCUCACAUCAUCAGGCUUUCAGGGAAAUAUUUUCAUUCAAUUACUAACUGACUGAUUCAAAACAUAUGUUACGACGAUGUUAAUUUGUCAUUUUACCAAAAGUAUUCUAGGAAACAUGUUUCAGUGUUAUUAGCAGCCAAAACAGCAGCAGUGUGAAUUAACCACGCUUAUAUUAUAAAAGUAAGAUACCACCCAGUUCACAUUUACUCAGCGACCUCUGGUGUCCUCGUUAUGUGGUACUCAAGACUCAACAAGGUACAAGAAGUGCAUCAAGAUAAAAUGAGUCAGACAAGUGCACUUGACAAAGGAAAAAAGAAAAACAUCUUUUAAAGUAAUUUUUGGCUUUUAUCUACAAUGAUUAGCCUCAGUUUGCAAACAAUGUCUACCUAUACUUCUAACUUUACUACAUUUACUUCAGCACAUAUAUCUCCACUUGCACUGCAGUGAACACCAUGUGAAUGAAUUGUCACUUUAAAGCCUGUAUUAAUGCAGUUUCCCUUCUCUUUGUUCUGCAGGCCGCUGUUUGCGCUCAUUCACCGUGUUAGCGAUCAACAGCACAUGUGUGUCUCUGUCCUGGACUCUGCUGGACAACAACUCCUUACCUCUGUAUAUGGUGGUUCAGUGGUCUCCUAAGGGACAGGAGGGUUCUGAUCACCACAAGAGCGGAGAGACAUGGGCCAGACUACCUUACACAGACCGCUCCGUUCAUCUCAGAGGUAACACGAGCCCGUCCCUUUCUGUAACGUCAUGUAAUGAUAAUAGGCGCUGAUAUUUUUCCUCUAUCGCACCAGUAAGUGUAUAAAACAUAAUGGCAGUCUCACUAAUAUCACCCAUUAGUUUCUGAAGGGAUGUUUUAGGGCAUGACGGUCAUCAUAAUGGCGAUGCUGACCUCCAAACUUCCCACAAAUUUAGGCUUAGAGGUGGAUUUGAGGCGACAACCUGAUCACCUGGAAAACAGCUUCAAUCACUCAUCAAUUUGAGGCUGUAAACGUGUAUUUUUUGCUUUAGCAUACACACAUCUUAAUAUGGUUGUUAAUGGGGACUUCUCUACUUUUGAGCCAGAUCUGCAUCUGCUUCUUUUGUCAACACAGGAGGUUGACACUUGUUUUACACACUAAGCAGUACUAAUGGACUGAAUUUCAACAUGUUGGUGAUUCAAUCAUUAGCGCAAGGUGGAGAGCAAAUUCACAGGAUAAUCUAAAGGGUGCUGAUAGUCAGUCCUCCAGCACAUCCUAGACUUGGAUCUUGAUUUCUAUGGCAGUUCUGAAAGCAGCAUUUAUAAUUAUAUAACUUCAGUUGUUUUGACUUAAUAAUACAUUUUUGCUCUUUCUGUACAAAUAGUAUCUGAAGUUGCUUUGGGUGCUUCUGUAACUGCUUUUUGCAUUGCUUAAUCUUAACUUACUGUAUAUGCUUCUGUUCAGGGGAUUUCUUUGACUCUAAAGAGUGCUUUCACUUGUACCCUGUGUUUGCUGAUGGAGAAGGGGAGCCAAUGUACACAACAGGUAUGCUGAAUAUUUACCUGCUGCUUGCUAUGGAAACAGUAUCAUAUUUGUGCUUAAAUGUGAAACAAUCCUGAGGCUUAACUGUGUUGUUAACUUUAUUUUUUGUUUGUUUUGUAUUCAGCUACCACCAGAGGAGACCCUGCUGCUUACAUGAUGCUGAUGAUUGUCUCCUUCCUGUCCAUCGUCCUGUUUGUCACCCUGGUCCUCACCCAAAACCAGUAAGAGCCCAAUUUGAUCAAAUAGAACUUCCUCUGGUAAAGCUUAUGAAAGACUGUUAAAAAAGACUCUUUAAAGAUAAUAUCUGGCAUUUGAAGCCUUAAAACUACAAUUAGAUCUUACAUGUAUUCAGUGAAGGAUGAUGGGGAUCUCUGGUGUGGCUUUAAUUAACAGAGCAGACACACACACACACACACAUCAAUGAGGAGUGUGACAUUUAAAUGGUCACAAAGGUGUAAUUACAUUUGAUGAAAGGUGACAGAGGUUGAAACAGAGGAGGGAAAAUGCCUCUAGACAGAGAGAUAAAGGUCUUUUCUGUUUUUUUCCAGGAUGAAAAAGUUUGUGUGGAAGGAUGUUCCCAACCCAAGCAAAUGCUCCUGGGCCAGAGGACUCGACUUCAAAAAGGUCAAACAAACAAUGUGAAACUACAGAAACCUGAUUUUAUAUAUGCUUCAAUGAUAGCUCUAAAAACCUGAUUUAUUUUAUAUAAGCAUGUAAGUCCACAACAUUUUGCACAUAAAAUUAGACUUGGAGUGAUAAGAAAAAGUUUUAAAGAUGAGAAAAUUGAUAUCACUUGCAAGUGUCUCCAUUUCAGUAAAAAGAAAUAAACUUGAACUUUUCCCAAAAUUCAAAGUUUUUUUAUUGAAACAGUUUCCUCUAGAGCUGUAGAGGUUAAACAAGCAGUUUUUAUCGAAUAUAUAAUAUACACAGACUUGUCAGAUCUCGACUAUAACACCAAGUAGGUCUUCUGAGUAGCUUUUCUUUAACACAAAUUUGAAUGUUGAAAUCUUUACCAGGAGCUAGGUCAAAGGACUCUAGCUGUAAAAAAAACCCAGUGAAAUCUUCCCCUUUUUUCCCACAAAAACAAUAAAGAUGUCUCGUGUUUUUCAUUGUUGUUAUUCUCAACACCUGUGGUUUAACUUCGAAAUUCAUUUCUGUUUCUUUUUCCUUUUCCAGGUUGACAAUUUUGACCACCUAUUCCAGCCUCCUGAAGGUCUCCCAGCUUGGCCGCUGCUCCUGCCGUCGGAGAACAUCUCCAAAGUGGUCAUAGUGGACAGAGUUGAUCUCUCAGCUCUGACUACAGCUUUAAAUCAAACUCCUCGUGUGUCCUUAACCCCUGACGCAGCCACCGCGUUAUCCGGCUCCUCUCCUCCAGGGUUUCACUCACAGGUUGACCAAGCUCUGUCCAUGAAAAGUGAGAUGCCUCCUGGUAGAGCUCCUUCCUUUGUCCUUAAUGUUGACGAUUUCACAAGUUCAAACUCAGGAACAGAUCAAUUACAGCUCACAGAGGACCCUCCCGGCAGCACUAACAGCUCUGCCCAGUCUACAGUCACAUACGCCACUGUGCUGCUCUCUAACCCCACGCAGGACCAUCUCCACUACAAGGAUGGUGGUGGCAGCAGCUCCAGCGACGAAGGUAACUUCUCUGCCAACAAUUCAGACAUUUCUGGAUCAUUCCCUGGUGGCCUCUGGGAGCUGGGUGACCCAAGGCGCUCCUGCUCCUACAACUCUGUAGAGGAGCUUUCUGAAACAUCAGAGCAAGACGGUGAAGAGGAGGUGAGAGAGGAGAAGGACUUGUAUUAUUUAGGAAUGGACUACCCAGAAGAUGAUGAGGAGAGUGAAGGGGACGAGGAGCAAAGCAUGGAGGAAACUAAGACUGAGCUGCUUCGAAGUGUUGCUUUGAACAGAGAGGACUCAUUGGUGGAGUCGCACCCUUUGCUUGGCCCCGAGGACUCCAGUGAGCUCUGUGAAUUACUGUCAACGCCACCAUGUGAUCUUUCCCCUCUGUACAUGCCUCAGUACAGAACUUCUCACAGCGCGAGGCAACUCGCAGCUCAACACCAGGACAGCAAAACUCCUGCUGUGACUGCUUUGAAAUGAAAAUGUGCACUUUAAAAUGCUUUUGUGUUGUGAUCCAGCAAUGCUGAUUUGAUAUGUUCUUUCAAACAUACUGAGGCUGCAGCUGCAAGAUGUAAAAAAUACCUCAACCUCUGUGUGAUUGCAAGUCAAUGUUCAUCAACGCUGCUAUUGUGUUCAGUGGACAAAGACACCAGGAGGGCACAAGCCUCAUUGAUAGGCAUUUAUUUAUUUCUUUAUGGGGUAUUGGACUUGGUUCUGCUGUGCUGAACACUGAACUCACACAUUACAAAUGGAGGUUAGGCUGGUGGUAUUGUGUGCAGCCACUGCCCUCAGAGAGCAGCAGAUUAACUGCACAAGCUGAGUAUUGAUUGUCAAGAAAGAAGCAAUAGAGAAGGUAAACUUGUGGUUCGAACAUCGCACAUGUGCAGCAUAUUUCACAGGUGUUUAAGCCUUAGAUACAUGAGAAAAUAUGUAGUGCUUUUUGAUGCUACAUGUGCUUACAUUCACAUGUAUGCAGUCUCAAAGUGUAGAAACAAAUUCUCUGGUCUUUGCUGCACGGUGUCGGCACAUGAAAGAAGUUCAAAGAGAAUACAUAAGCGCACACUUAGUGAGAGAGGAAAAACUGGCGAUCUGCAGUUCUCUCAUAGCACAUUAGACUGUGAAGGGAAGGACGACCUUGGAUGUCACAUCAAAGAUAUGAGUGUGACUGAACCAGUUAAUGAUGAAAACAGAUGUAAUCUGUGAAUAAAUGCAGGUGACUUACGAUAAAGAAUUUACUGCGUUUGUGGGAAGCUUGCAAAGCAUCAACUGCAUGGACCCAAAGAAUGUAAAGUUUUGUACUUUGUGCUGUAAUGUGUUUGAGACUCCGUUACAGUCUAUAAGAAGUGUAAUAUCUAUUUUCUCUGUGUCGUGCCGUUGACUUACAGGUAAGCUGUCUGGUGUAUUUAAAAGACAAAAGAAUGUAUAUUUGAGAACAAAGAGACAGAAAUUUAAAUUUAUUAAAAAAAUGAAAUUGAACUAUUGUAACAUUGUUGACAAAAAAUGUUCUUGUUUAUGAAAAUCUACUGUUUAUUUUUCCAUGGUGAAAAUAAAGUGUCUACGGUGAGAGAGUA